AUGAAUUCUUCAUAUGAUUCCAUUGGAGGAAUGGGUAUGAUGGAUAAAUGCUACUUUACAGGGAAGAGUGAACUUCUAAAUUGGCUUAAUUCAUACUUCAAUUUGAAUGUUUCUAGAAUUGAAGACUGUGCAAGUGGGGCAAUCUAUUGUCAGAUUGCAGAUGCAGUAUAUUAUUACCAAGUUCCAAUGAAAAAUGUAAAUUGGGGUGUUAAACAUGACUUUCAAUAUUUGCAUAAUUACAAGCUGCUACAGCAGGUUUUUGGAAAAGUUAACCAGCCAAAAUAUAUUGAUAUUAACAAGCUUAUCAAAGGGAAGUAUCAGGACAAUUUAGAGUUUUUGCAAUGGAUGAAAGGUUUGUUUGAUGAAUCUGGAGCGAUCGAUCGCGACUAUGAUGCUAUUGGAAGAAGGAGCCUUGGUAAAGGGCCUUUUCCACAUUAUUCUGGGCAAGUAAUUCCCAUCACAAGCAUUCAAAACUCUUUAGCUGAGUCUUCAUUAAAUAUGGGAAUUAAUACUUCAAACUCGGUACCAACCUCUAGAAGGGCAAAUAAUAAAACUAUUUUGUCAUCGAAAAAUACAGAAAUGGAAAGAUUAAAAAAAGCACUUAGCAAAGAAAUGGAAGAGAAGGAGAUUGUUGACAAGGAAAGAAUGUUCUAUUUCAAUAAACUGAGGGCAAUUGAGAUAUUAUAUGAAGAGUUAAAUGAAAAAAAGAUCCCUUUUAUGUCCUUAAAAGACAUUUCUGAAAUAUUGUACGAUAGCAAUGAUAUUGACCUGGAAAGUUUCUCUAAGAAAAUAAUAGAUUCAGCAUCGAUAAAUAGUAAUGGAUUAACAAGUACUACUUCUGGAACGGAAGACCAAUAA